UUUAAAUAGUUUUGCAUUAUGUGGCCGUUUGCUGUUUUAUGGGUUUUUCCCAUUUGCCUUUUAAAAUUUAUAUAUACUGUAGUAUGCAAUAUAUAAUAUAAUAUGGUAUAACUUCAGUAGGUUGAUAGCAUUCAAUUAAAAAUUGGAUCAAGGAAAUUCUUUCUUUGGCAAUAAUCAGAUGCAUGAAUGAUACUAUCCUUAUAUGCAUAGACCCUUAGAUUGGCUAGUAAUCAAUAUAAGCAUUUUUGGAGUGAAUUAUUUCGAUUCUUGUUUAAUUGGAUGUUUGUAAUUUACUUGAAGCUUUUACAGAUUUUACUACAGAUAAUAUAUUUUCAAUGUUAUAAAUAACUAUAAUGAUGAUAAAAUCUAAACCUCUUUCAAUUAGUUCCUAUGUCUGUAUACAGUAUAUGUAUUUUUGACUUCUAAGAUUACGCUUGAUCAAUGCAUAUAUUUGUCUUGACUGGUUCAGUAGUUAAAUAAAAUGUUUUAGAAAUUCCAUCAGUUUUGUCAUUGAUUCGUUUUGGCAUUUCAUCUUUUGUGUUACUCAGCCAUUGAUUUUUAGUAGAUUAGUCAGUGUUUGUAGUUGUGUUAUGAACCAUGUGAUGUGUUCAAUUCAAUAAAGGUGAACUUUAUUCUCAUACAGUGUCCAGCAGUGUCUAGAUGUAAAUGAGAUAACGCCAUAGGAAUUCACAUGAUAAAACAGUGGAUGUUUAAAUUUUAACAUACAGUAUAUACAAGGAUGAAUUCACUGCAGGCUGAAAAUUUACUUUUUUGCCCUUUGUAUUGAAACUAUGGUCCAAUCAUCAAGCGCCUAGAGGCUGACCAGGCUCGCGCUCCAAUUAGCCAAUUAGAAGUUUACCAAUAAAUGGCAUGGAGUGGCUUCUUGUUCGAUUGACUGACGAAAGUUCAAGACGAUUUUUCUCGGAGAUCAAGCCAUCAACAUUAGUGCUACUUAAUACCUCGACUUUUCCAAAGUGGAAAGAAUACAAUUAAAUUCAUAUCCUAGCUGACAUAAGGAAACUAUUUCCUGAAGAGAAAACUGCUAAGCCAGCUAUUGACUUCAACCCAGGAUCAAGGAAGUGCAGAUAGACACUUCAUCUUCAGAGUUUUUAAGCAAAAGGUGUUGUGCUAUCCUGAAUGAAUUAUAAAGUAGAAGGAAUUACAAAGUAGAAGAAAUGGCGGGUGAUCAUAGCCUCAUCAAUGAAGGAUUGAAACAUGCAUUUGCGUUUCUGUGGAUUGGAGGCAACAUAGCUUACUGGUUAGUGACAUUUUUUGUGUAUGAAAAUGAGGCUCGGUACCAUUACAUAAGGUUUUUGACUGGGCCUGCAGUGUCUAUUGCUAAGGCAUGUGGUGCGUGCCUAAACCUAAACAGUAUGCUCAUCUUAUUACCAGUCUGCCGAAAUCUCAUUUCGUUUUUGCGAGGUUCUGUUGAAACUAAUGCUUGUUGUAGACGAAGUGUACGUCGUCUGCUAGACAAGAACUUGACUUUUCACAAGGCGUUAGCGUACCUGAUCGUUAUACUGUCCAUAGCUCAUUGCAUUGCACAUUUUUUCAACUUCCAAUAUCUGUAUGAUGCUCAAGUUUAUAGUGACGAUGGCACGUUGGAACGUUUUUUGAGUGAUCUGGAUGACCAUGAUAAUGAUACAUGGAUUAAUCCUGUCAGAAAUUCUACAAUUAAAUUAUUUGGACUUGGUGUGAUUGAACAAGGUCUGAGACGUGUUGCCGGUUGGAGUGGCGUUGUUAUAACUGUUGCCCUUCUUUUGAUGUUCACCUCAGCAACACAAUUCAUCCGUCAUUCAUACUUUGAAACAUUUUGGUUUACUCAUCAUUUGUUCAUCAUAUAUUAUGGAUUUCUACUUGUCCACGGAGCUGAAGGUGUUGUCCGUUCCCAGAAUAAUACAGAAGUUCAUAACCCCUUUUAUUGUGAAAGUAUCGGUGUUAACAAUUUUACUUUUGAUGAAAGAUGCACGGCACAUCCAACAUUUGUCAAAGGAUCUCCAGCUAGUUAUAAAUGGGUUGCUGGACCAUUAUUUUUGUAUUUCAUUGAAAGACUUAUUAGAUUCGUCCGUAGCUGCCAGAGUGUGACAAUUACAAGGGUUGUGAAGCAUCCAUCUCGUGUAUUUGAGCUGAGGAUGAAAAAGAAGGGCUUUGAAAUGUUAGCUGGACAGUAUAUCUUCCUAAAAUGCCCAAGAAUCUCACAUCUUCAGUGGCAUCCUUUCACACUUACAUCAUCCCCAGAUGAAGACUUCUUCAGUGUGCAUAUCCGAACUGCUGGUGAUUGGACAACCUCUUUGUCUAUGGCUGUUGGUGCCACCAGCAAGGAUCCAAUUGCCGCUGAGGACCUUCCAAGGGUUGCAGUGGACGGUCCGUUUGGAACAGCUAGUAUAGACAUCUUCAAGUACCAGGUGGGCAUGUGUGUUGCGGCCGGUAUCGGUGUCACUCCAUUUGCAUCAAUUCUCAAAUCAAUAUGGUAUAAAAUAAGAGAAGGUGAUGAAGAGUUAAAACUACGCAAGGUGUACUUCUUUUGGGUUUGCCCCGACACAAACGCAUUUGAAUGGUUCUCCGAACUCCUGGAAAACUUGGAGACAGAGAUGGCAGAUCAAGGGCGAUCUGACUUUCUCAACUACAACAUUUAUUUAACAAGGGGUUGGAGUUCAAAACAGGCUAAGAAUAUCUACCUACAAGAAGAAGAGAAUACAGAUGCAAUUACUGGCCUCAGACAGAAGACACACUAUGGUCGACCAGUAUGGGAUAAUAUCUUCAAACAAAUCGCUUCGGACAAUCCGGGUGUUAAUGCUGGCGUGUUCUUCUGUGGCCCGUCAGCUUUGUCUCAUGUUCUUCAUAAGAACAGCAACUUACAUUCCAGCAUCACUCGUGAAGGCUGUCGCUUCUUCUACAACAAAGAAAACUUUUAAGAUUAUUUAAAAAGAAAAGAAAUAUGACAACCAUGAAUUAAGCAUAAUGAAUUAAAAAAAUAACAAUAUAUCAAAUUUGAUGGGUAUAAAUGCAUCCGUCAGCCAUGUACCCUUGGGAAAUGAUUUACUAAGAAGGGAGAUGGUUCUUUUUCAGCUUUCUUGAAGUUGGCAUGCAUCAAUUUAAGUUUCUGUAAUGUCUAAAGUCGGCACAUACUGGUUUUAAGACCGUUGGCUGAUGAAUUUACCCCUUCACUGGCAAACUCAGUGGAUCAUCAUUAAAAACGAUCCCUUAAGUUGAGUGGUCAAGUGGUAAGGCAGGGGCACCGCUAACUACAGCCAAUUAACAACAGCCCUGGUUCCAGCUGCUUCUUGCCCAGGGUUUGGUUGGUAGGACCAAGUCUUCUCAGGUAAGGACUUUAAAUGAAGGUCCAGUGAACUCAUUUGGCUCGUGUGCACUUUAAAGAACCCAUUUCAUCUUUCGGAAGAGUAGGGGGUUACCACGAUGCUAUGGUUAAUUUCAGCCACCUAUCGUUGCGGUGUGAUGUGAACGUGUAGCUACUAUAAGCGCCUCCUUACGGCUGCUAGGUCGUCACAGACCACUCCCAUAAGCAAUGAAGCUACAAUUUAUGGUUAUUCUUCUACCUUUACUCUUUGUGUAUGAGCGCGUUCUUAAUACAAUCUCAUGGCUGCUGACUGUAGGGUGCAGAGUGUGCCCGGCUUUUACAACAUUCUGGAUAAAUAUAUGAUAUGGUAUGAACUGAUUUUACCAUACUGUAAAUGAUUAAACAAUGUUUGGCUUCAAUGAUGCACCUAUUCAAAUAAUAUGUCAAAUUUGUACUAGAGUAAUAAUCAUUCUGCAAGAAAUUGGUUGUUUAAUAGUGUCUUGAUGAUACAAAACACCAAUGUUUAUUUUUAUUUUCAAUUUAAUUAAUUAGGGACAUUGGAUUGGCAAUAGUGAACUUAAUCUGACUGUCGUAUCCCUUAGUUCAGAAAACAUACAGACAAGAUGGUCUAUGUUAAGUCUCAAUACGUGGCUUAGGUAUGCAAUAAAAAUUCCUGUAACAUUGACAGGAAUUGAGCCCAUGACACUGGGACUGCAAGAAGCAUCCACUCAGAUGUACAACCCCACCACAAGUUGGGUACUCUUGAUUUAGCAACAAUGUGUUCAUGAAGGAAAUUUGUGUCUAGCAAGUUGAAAGGGUGAUGGAUGUAGAAAUGCUUUUAACCAAUAAAUUAUUUCACUUUAUUGAAAUUCAAGUACAAGUUCCUCAUUUGUAGCAAUUCGUGGCCAAUGGCCAAAUUGCAAGUUACAAUUCCCUUGUGUAACUUAACUUGUAGUUUAACCAUUGGCCACAGAUUGUUACAAAUGAGGAACUUGAAUUUGAAUAAGAUGAUAUAAUUUAUUGAUAAAAAGUCCACUUCUACAUCACCCUUUCUACCUGCUAGACCAAAAUUUUCUUCAUGAAUACAUUGUUGCUAUGAUAAAGGGGAAUUCCACUCGGGUUCAACCAUAAUUUAUAUCGGAGAAGCCAGUUGGUAAAAAGUGUAUAUGCCUAUUUCUAGAAAAACUUUUUUUUUUCAGAAACUUAAGUAGGCCCCUUGCCAUAUUUUUUUAUAUUCAUAUUAGUAUAGUGCAUUACAGCAGUAGUAGCAAAUUUUAUAUAAGCCUACAAUAAAAUUUAUAUAUAAAAUAAAACAAAA